AUGUGUGCUGAUACCGUAGUGUCUUGUCAAGAUUUAGUCCCAUGUGAAAUUGACAAUAAGACGUGUACUGAACCCAGCAGUGUAUGUGUCAACAACAGCCGAUGUAGUAUUCCUGUUUGCUUUCCGAUCGAUCGUGCCUCUUCUCAACGUUGUCCACCGUGGACUACAAAAAAUUCAGUCACUAGAACAGACAACUAUGUUCUAGGAUGGUUGAAUACCAAUAGUAUAAGAUUUGCGCGAUAUUAUCACACAGCAUCGAUACUAAGUGAUGGGAGAGUCUUGAUUGCCGGCGGAUUCGGCUCGAAUGGUCCUUUGAAUAGUGCAGAAUUGUACGAUCCAUCCACCGAACUUUGGAUAACGACUGGUACUAUGAGUGUUGCAAGGUACAUGCAUACUGCGUCAAUACUUGCUGAUGGAAAAGUCUUAGUGGUUGGUGGAUUUGGUCCUAUGGGUUCUUUGAAUAGUGCAGAACUUUACAAUCCAUCAACAGGAACAUGGACAAAAACUGGCAGUAUGUGCGUUGCAAGGUACUCUCAUACAACAUCGAUAUUAAAUAAUGGAAAAAUCUUAGUGGGUGGUGGAUUCGAUGCUGGUGGUUAUUUACAAAGCGCGGAAUUAUACGACCCAUCAUCAGAACUUUGGACCAACACUGGUAACAUGAACAUUGCACGCAGUUUACACAGAGCUUGCAUACUAACGAAUGGAAAAGUCCUAGUUGCUGGUGGAUCUGACUCUAGUGGUUAUUUGAAUAGUGCUGAGUUAUACGAUCCAUCAACAGGAGUGUGGACAAAAACAGGCAGCAUGAAUUUUGCACGACACUUUCAUACAGCAUCGAUACUCACGAAUGGGAAAGUUUUAGUUGCCGGUGGAUUUAGUUCUAGUGGCUACCUGAACAGUGCGGAACUGUUCGAUUUAUCCGCGGGACGUUGGAAAAUUACUGGAAGCAUGAGUACUGCUCGUUGCUAUCACACAGCAUCUAUACUGACUAAUGGAAGAGUUUUGAUUGCUGGUGGAUACAAUUAUAGUGGCUAUGUAAACAGUGUAGAAUUGUAUGAUCUAUCAACGGAACUUUGGAUAAAAAGUGAUAGCAUGAGUAAUCCACGAUAUUCGCAUACAGCAUCCAUACUCAUCAAUGGAAAAGUUCUGGUUGCUGCUGGAUAUGGAGAUACUGGCUAUUUAAGUAGUGCAGAAUUAUAUGCAUAA